AUGAAGGAUUGGAAGUCUUGUUUUGUUGGAUGCAAGUUUAGCCUUUGGAAGAAGAAGAAGGUUGUUGCUUCAUUUGGGUUACAUAAAGAAGAAGGGACUGCUUCUGUUCUUCUGUCAAUAGAGUCAGCUCACUACUUCCCUAGGAAUGAGAUCUAUAAGGCAAGAGGUGUAUCAUCAUGUUUCAGAGCAGGAUGUGACAUAAUUAUGACCACGAAUCUCUUCUCAAAUGUCCCUGUUGGGCAUUGGCAGCUGCAUUCAUUUCAAAUUGUGCAACUCUCCUCAGAUUUCCCUGUUGCGGAUUAUUGGGUACCAGUUGCAGCUUUGCAGUAUGCCAUUAAUGGGAUUCACAACUUCAUGGGACUGAAUUGGAGAGUAACUUUGAUGUGUGGUGAUGGCACCAAUGAUGUUGGAGCUUUGAAACAGGUAAGGCAAGAAAUAGAAAUAUACUUUUCUUUUGGGAAAUUGACUGGAAAUCUUACUAAAGAUAUACCAUUUCUUUCUGAUGCUCCUAUUAUCGAGUCUGGUGAUGUGGAGAGUGCAAAAUUUAAAGCUAUUGAAUCUGAUAAUCCAAUUUCAAUGGAGGAUUUAGGCCAGAUGUUUGGAUUCUUAUUAUACACCUCUGAAUAUGUAGCAAACGGAAAGGGGAACACUUUGUCCAUACCAAAGGUUGAAAACAUGGGUCGUUUGAAUUAUGGACAAAUCUUGUUUGAUAGCAAGGGCAUACUAUCCCCUGUUUACUUAGAUGGGAAACCUCUACUCAAGUGGAAAAUGCUCCCAAUUCCUCUCAGCAAUCUAAACGAACCCAAAAAAAUAAAUCCCAUUUUUGACAAGCCAUAUUCCAAUUUCAUUAAAGCUUCAACUCGCAAAACCCUAAAAAGCAGCUUGCGUAUGUGCAACUUGUAA